UUCUUCACAAAAUUUGACUUUUCAUGUUAAAGAAUUCAUUUCUUUCCUCUUCAUCUUUUACUGAAGGAGCUAGCUGGGGACAGCCCCAAACCGAAUUAUUACCCGGUGUUUAAAAUUUCCCAAAAUGACAAUUCUCAGUGUUGAUAAUGCAUGGAAUAUGCUUAUUACACAUCUGUUUCUGUUACUAUUUGUGGGAAUUCGCCUAGGUUCGUGUAGCCAUUUCAAAUUGUCACUUAUUAUCAAAUUUAAAUUGUUGGUGCUCUGCAAUUCCUUUUUCCACAAAACCCACGCUUUGCCCAUCGACACCAAUUUCACACUUCCUUCUCCGCUGCCCAAUUGGCCUGCAGGUGGUGAUUUUGCGACGGGAGAGAUCGAUCUGGGAGGCCUGCAAGUCCGACAAGUGACGUCGUUUCACAGAAUUUGGGCGACAGACAAAGGAGGGCCAGACGAUUCAGGUGCAACCUUUUUCGAACCUUCCCCAAUCCCAGAUGGAUUUUCGAUGCUCGGCAGCUACGCUCAGCCCAACAACCGCCCGCUUUCCGGUUGGGUUUUGGUGGCAAAAACCGAUCAAUCGGCGCAAAUUCUGACGCAGCCGACCAACUACUCUCUAAUUUGGUCCAACGAUAACAGCUCCGGCAACCCAGCCUUUUUCUGGCUCCCAAUUCCACCCGACGGUUACAAAUCCCUCGGCCUCGUCGUCACCACCUCGCCGGAAAAGCCGUCCCCGGACAAGAUCCGAUGCGUCCGAUCCGACUUCACGGCCGAUACCGAGAUAGACGACUGGAUUUGGAGCCAAGGCAUAAACGUCUACGGAUUGCGGCCCAGAAUUAGAGGCGCCGGCGCGCAGCCAGUAAGCGUGGGCACAUUCGUCAUCCAAAACGACGCCGUCGCGUUAUCUAGUUUGAUUAACAAGAACCCUAAUUACACAAGCGGCAGGCUUAGCCGAAGCCAAAUGGAAGCUGUGUUUCGAGCUUACGCACCGUAUGUAUACUUCCACCCCGAUGAGAGCUACCUCCCCGCUUCGGUUAACUGCUUUUUCAGCAACGGUGCAUUGCUGUACAAGAAAGGGGAGGAAUCGAACCCGGUCCGGGUCGAGCCGGACGGCGCGAACCUCCCUCGGGGAGGCUCCGGCGACGGCUUGUACUGGCUCGACCUCCCGGCCGAGCGCGGAGCCAGGGAUAGGGUUAGGGUUGGGGAUUUACCGAGUGCGGAGGCUUACGUCCACUUCAAACCGAUCCUCGGCGGGACCUUCACGGAUAUUCAGGUGUGGUUGUUUUACCCUUUCAAUGGCCAUGCAAUCGCAAAAGUUGGGUUGAUUAAGCGGCUGUCGCUGGGGAGAGCCGGCGAGCACGUGGGCGAUUGGGAGCACGUGACGCUGAGGGUGAGCAAUUUCGAUGGGGCUCUUCACAAAGUCUACUUCUCCCAACACAGCGGCGGGAGAUGGGUUGAUUCUCGUCUGCUGCAGUUUCAAAGCGGCAAUAGAUUUGUGUGGUACGCGUCGAGGAAUGGGCAUGCCGGGAAUUAUGAGGAGGGGCUGUAUCUGCAGGGGCCGGGGGAUGGGGUCGGGAUAAGGAAUGAUUGGGCGAGGAGCGAUAAGGUGAUGGAUGCGGGGGCGAGGUUCGCGGUGGUGGCGGCGGAGGGGGUGGCGGAGCCGGCGUGGUUGAGCUACGAGAGAAAAUGGGGGCCGACGGAGAAAUACGAUACGGCGGUGGAAGUGAGGAGGGUGAAGAAGCUGCUGCCGGGGAAGUUGAAGAAGGCGUUGGAGGGUUUGGUGAAGGUGAUAGAUGAGGUUUUUGGGAAGGAUGGGCCGACGGGACCCAAGGUGAAGAAUAAUUGGAGUGGCGAUGAAUGAUGGAGUGGUGUUGUUCAUGAUCUGAAUUUGAUGGAUAACUUAUUCAAAAAUUGCAUAAUUAAUGUUCUCUCUUCUUUAUAUUUGUAAAAUCCAAAAUAUAUCUAUCAUUGUGG